AUGAGAAAUUUCUCAAGAACACCACUUAAUCCAACAUUCCAAACCAGAUUUGGUUGGCCACAUUUCUAUAUUACUUUGAUGCUGCUCGGAUCAUUAACCCUUUGCACCAUCAUCGGGAAUGUGUUUGUUGUUGCAGCCGUGCUACUCGAAAAGCAUCUACAAGGUGUGUCCAAUUACCUGAUUGUCAGUUUGGCCGUGGCUGACUUGAUGGUAGCCACAUUGCCGAUGCCUAUUUCAGCUAUCAAUGGUGUUUCGGAUGAAUGGUGGCUUGGUGAUGCACUUUGUGACUUUUGGAUCUGCUCCGAUGUGCUCUGCUGUACUGCGUCCAUACUACAUCUGGUCGGGAUCGCGCUGGAUCGCUAUUGGGCAGUGACUAAUGCCGAGUACAUUCGAAAACGUACAGCCCGGAGAAUUAUCCUGAUGAUAGCUAUGUUUUGGCUCCUAUCAGUCGCCAUCUCCUUACCAGCCCGGUUGGACUUGACCAGAUUGUACAAUCUAUUAAACUUCGUCAAUCACACUCACAAUGGCAGCCAGCAGCAAUGUGUGAUCAACCAAGAUUACGGCUACACCAUAUUUUCCACUGUCGGUGCUUUCUACAUGCCAAUGAUUUUUAUGAUAGGAAUUUAUGCCAGGAUUUAUCAAGUAGCGCGAUCUAGAAUAAGAAGAUCGACUUUUCGAAGGCAAUCUCAUACACUGACUCCGAAUCCGAAUUCCCAAAAGUCUAAUGCGCCGCCAGAUGUUGAGGUACAAUGCAACCUUGGUCUUUUUCGUCAGCUAUGUGUGAAUUGUGGGGUCUUAAAACAGUCCUUGUCUCCUAGCAGUGAACUAGCUACUGAAACCUUUGAGAAAUGCUCUCACUCAGUGCCUAUAAAGUCCAGUAAAGUCGGAAACAUAUUACUAAAAAUAACUGCAAGGAAAAGCCAAGUGCCAAAACAGUAUCUCUCUGAUCUGGAUAGGGGGGAUGUACAGCAUUCAAUAUUUCGAUUACCGAAACAUGUGGUAAAGGCGAGUCCUUAUUGCGAGUUUUGCCCUAAUGGACAUCGGGCAGAAUCAGAUGUGGGAUCUGGCACCAAAACGCUGAUGGCAGAACUAGCAGUCUUGAAGACAGAAACACCCGAAACUUCGAUUUUAUCUAUCUCCAAGCAAGAAGAACAGCUGAAACACCCACUAGGUUUUGCGAGCACAUCAUUUUGUCCUUACUUAGAAACAAGGUUACUGCGUUUCUAUCGAAGUAAUUCAGCACCAAGUGCUAUGGAUAACCUGUCAACAUAUUCGUCGACUUCCUCGAGUUCUUUCGGGUCAACCUUAACUCCAAGUUCCAAAUCAGGAAGAUCAGGUAGAGCGGAAUGUUCUUCGUUGUACUCAGGGGAUGUUGGUGGCCACAAGGUGGAGGGAAAACUGCAUACAUUUUUCAUAAGGUUAUUCAAAAGAAAGGCACGCAACACACCACCAUCUCCCUCCUUGAACACCAUAUCGAUGACACGUGAACGACAGGAAACCGAUGCUUACUGUUUACAUGGGCCAACUAAGAUUAUGAAAAGGUCGGCCUGCGAGCUAAUGCGAUCUGUAAACUGUGAUGAAUCACUUCCUUCUGGCAAACGAAAAGCAUCAGGGCCACCAAAGGACAGCAAAACGACAAGAGAUAAGGAAAGCAUGAGUGGGCAACUGCUUCCGUCGCUGGACUCAAUCAAACGCUUUAGUAAUGCUGAUGAAGAUGCUGGGGACAAUGUGUGUUUAAAGUCAAGGAUGAAGUCGGUCGUAUCAAAUGUGGUUAAACUUGCAACUGUAGCUGCGAUGGUCAGGCGAGAACGAAUAGAAAACCAAAGAGAAAGAAAAGCCGCCGUCACGUUAGCCAUCAUAACUGGCUGUUUUAUGCUUUGCUGGCUUCCUUUCUUCAUUGUUGCUCUUAUAUCCCCUUUUUUCCCGGAGAUAAAAGUUUCACAACUUGUGCGCGAUAUUUUGCUGUGGUUAGGCUACUCAAACUCGCUAUUAAAUCCCAUUAUCUACACCAUAUUUUCCCCUGAUUUUCGGAACGCGUUUAGCAAAGUACUGUUUGGCCGCUAUUAUCGACAUUCCAUGGGCAGAUGA